GCUCAAAUGUUUUUGUUCAACCAACAGCUGCUCUGCUCAUCUACUCCAACCAGACGCCAUUGAAAUCCAUUGCAUUAUACCUUAAAACUUAGCUCACAAUAUAGCUUCACCCUCUUUAUUUUACCCAAAAAUAUACCCAAAUUUUCUAUUAAUCCAUUUCUCUACAAUUGGAACCACCAUUGUUUUCUCCGUUUUCCUCACUUGCCUCUCGCCCAAAAACCUUUUUACUUUCGAAUUGAUCUCCGGGAACAAUGAAGGUGACGGUUACUACCCGGAGCGGUAGAGAAUUAAUCGACGGUGGCCUUGUUUUUGACCGCGAUGCUACUGUGGCUGUUUUGCAGGAUGCAAUUCAUCAGAGAAUCAAGAAAUACCACCCUUCAAGACAGCGCUUAACCCUGCCCAUCUCACCUCACUCAAAGGAGAAGCCGAUUAUCCUUCAAUACAAGAAAUGUCUGAAAGACUACACCAAUGGAAACUCUGACACCAUAUCCAUCAUAUUUAAGGACUUGGGACCACAAGUAUCAUAUCGCACGCUUUUCUUUUUCGAGUACUUGGGCCCACUGCUCCUCUACCCUCUCUUCUACUAUUUCCCCGUGUAUAAGUAUCUUGGAUACAAAACUGAGCGUGUUAUUCAUCCGGUUCAAACUUAUGCCUUAUACUACUGGUGCCUACACUACUUCAAACGGAUCAUGGAGACCUUCUUUGUGCAUCGUUUUAGCCAUGCGACCUCCCCACUUUCAAAUGUGUUUCGAAACUGUGCUUAUUACUGGACUUUUGGCUGUUUUAUUGCUUAUUACGUGAACCACCCUCUUUACACACCUGUAAGUGAGUUCCAAAUGAAGAUUGGAUUUGGGUUUGGGUUGGUUAUGCAAGUUGCAAACUUGUAUUGCCAUAUCAUAUUGAGAAAUCUUCGGAGUCCAAAUGGGAACGAAGGAUACCAAAUUCCUCAUGGGUUUUUGUUCAAUAUUGUGACUUGUGCGAAUUACACGACUGAGAUUUAUCAGUGGGUGGGGUUCAAUUUUGCAACACAGACCGUUGCAGGUUAUAUCUUUCUUGUAGUUGAUGCUUCUAUAAUGACUAAUUGGGCCCUUGCUAAGCAUCGUCGUCUCAUAAAGGUAUUUGAUGGGAAAGAUGGAAGAGGCAAGUAUCCUAGUGGCAGAUGGGUGAUAUUGCCUCCAUUCCUCUAAGCAAACACAGGUCUAAUGGUUUUGUUUUGGAAGGGAUGAUAUGGUGAGUUGAUAAUGUUAAAUUUAUGGAUCAUAUGGUGAAUUCAUCCCAUCUGAUGUAAUAGACACAUCCCACAGUGAGAUGAGGUUGGAUUAUUUUAGUUUGACUUUCUCUUUGUCAAAUCUCCAAUUUGUGGAAGUGAAAAAUCAACAAAUGAAGCUCUGGUUGAAACCCUUUUUGGAUUGAAUCACAUGCACUAUGUUGUAG